AUAAAAUAUAGUUUAUAAGGCAGCCCAGUGUAAGGGUUGCCGCGAGCGACAGCCCUACUCGCGGAGGCUGCGGCGCCAGAGUGUCGCGGGCACUUGUUGCGCCGUCGCGCCGACAUCUGCGCGCCGCGCGCCGUGUUCCAGCAGCGACACACAGCCGCGCGGCGACACAGGCACACAGUACACACUGGUACACGCAGGCGACACGGUGUCGCUGCGUGCGGGCGGCGCGGCCAGGGCGGCGGAGUGUCAGUCUCCGCGCCAUCCGCCGCGAGGGAGCAGUGGCCGCCGCGCCGCCAGCUGAGCCAGUGCCGGGCAACAUGUGACUGUCAACUCUCUGCACGCGGGUACCACGCGCCCAGCGCCACGAGCUAGCACACGCCGGACAGCGGUGAGUACGGAGUGGGCCCGGGAUGGGGGUCCCGGGCGCGGGCGGCGCGGGCCCCAGCGGCGCGCGGCGGCCCAGCCACGUGGCGUACUACGUGGCGCUCGUCGGCAUCCUGUCGCUGCUCAUCAUGCUGUGUCUCUACUUCUUCUACUACUUCAUCAAGAAGGUCAAAGAGCUGAGUUCGUCGGACAGCGUGUGCCAGCCGACCACGUCGUGCCGGCCGCCGCCCGCCGCCAGCGCCUACCCCGUGGCGCCAGUGGUGCGCGACAGUGCGAGCGCGAUGGCGCGGCUGUGCAAGCAGGUGCCGGGCGCGGCGGGGAAGGGCGACACCGUGUUCCCGGCCGCCAGCUCGCCCGCCGCGCUGCGCGCCAGCACCGGGGAGCCGGACCCGCGGCCGGCGCCCGCCAGCGCCCCGGACCCGCGACCGGCGCCCCCGGCGCCCCGGACGGCCAGCGAGCCGCGGCCCGACAAGGCGCCGGCGCCGGCCGCGCUGCCCGCGGCGCCCGAGGUGGCGGCGCAGUAGUCGCCCGCGUUGUGUCGGACACUGUCUACCUCACGAACAUAUGUUUUGUAUCGCGCUGCUAGUGUAUGUAACGUUACGUCGACUUGUGCCGUGUAGCUCUUGUACUUUUCUAUGUACUUAGCGUAGGUUUGUUAUACAUAUACAUAUAUUAUGGGAUGUUUAUAGUUAAUGUUUAUAUGUUGGAGUAUGUUGUUGCUCAAUGGCCGGCGCCGUCCACUGCCCGCUGUGACUGUGUUGUUGUUUACAGUCGACUCGAUGAUGUCGAAGGUUUCUCUAUGAUAUAUCUCUAUUUUAUACAAACAAUAAUAUUGCUAGGGAAAUUAUAUUAUUCGUAAUUUAGUUAAAAUUUUACAAAUUGAUAAAUAUGUUCGUAUUGUAAAUGUUCCCCGGGACCGCUACACAAUAUAUGUACUGGAUGUACUGGUACAGUGUGGGUGUGUUUGUGCCGCUUCGGGCCCGCGCUUGGUGUCUGUAUCGCGCUGUACUUCAAUAAAUACGUUCCACUA